AUGGGCUUCAGCGGUUUCAUUUCCACCGAGACUGGAGCAAAUCUAGACUCGCCGCAGUCAACACUCACCUCCACUGAUGUGAGCAAAGAAGAGGAUGCCUACGCGCUGAAAGAAUCCCCCCCUGGAGAGGCAAGUUACUCUUUGCAAAGCUACAAAGAGCUGUUUCCGGGAUAUCCUUUGCCGGCACAACAGCCAGGGCAACCUGGCUUUGAAAACGAUGCUCCACCAGAAUUGACACGUGCUAUGAAAAUCAAUGAUGGUGAAACCAGUGUCCUGUGUGGAGCAUCAAUGGGCGACAAUCGGAUCAGCUGUGGGGUCCACCUGUUUGAUGAUCCCAAGAGCGGAGCCCCCUAUGUCGUCCCUCUGCCAGACACAGGUCGAUCCAUGAGAGCAGUGCCAGAGGAAGUGGGAGAUCCAGAAGAUAUGGCGCAGGAUGCAGGUCAAGUGAAUCUGGAUGAAGAUGCUCUGAAAGAGAUUGAAAGAGAUGUUGAGCAUUCCCUUGAUGCCGCGCAUUUCGAAAGCAAAGCAAAGCAAAGGUGGCUUUGGUGCCCGAAUGCAGCAAUCUUCACCAGGAUUAUGGAUGUGUUGGCUUCAAGGUGA